AUGGUCCGUUAUCGCAAUUUUGAUCGCCAUCCUUUGAGCGCUCGUGAGGGCACUUUAUCAGCGAUGAAAAUGCUACUAAUGUGGACUCUCCAGUUCCCAAAGACCUGUCCUACUGCACUUUUGCCUCUUUUGGCCAUUAAGAAAUAUCGGACAGCUAGAUAUUUAGUUUCUCGGACUAGGUUGAGUUUUCUCAAGUCCUCGGUCCAUCGGGACCAGGUCCUUGCCAAUUCGAGUCCCAGAAUUUUUAAGAAAGCCUUUCGAAUGACGAAAGAGCAAAUGGACGUUGUGGUUGAUCUUAUUAAGGACCACCCCUGCUUCCAGUCCACUGGUUAUAGGGUUCAACCAAGCGUCAGAAUUCAAUUGAUGGUUGCUCUCCAACGCCUUGCCCACAAUGGAUCUCUGGCUUCGUACGAGUCGAUUGACCCUUCUAUGGGUGUUUCUGUUGGUACUGCACACAAGUACUACCAGCGAGUUAUUACCGCACUUUGUGCCAUAGCCAACGAUAUCAUCAAAUGGCCCGAUGCUAACAGAAAAGCGGAAAUUAAGUUGGCGUUUGCAAAGGCAGGAUUUCCAGAUCUCAUAGGUAUCAUUGAUGGGACUGACCUUCCUCACCUACGCGCCCCAUCUUGGAAACGAGACUUUUGGGCUACAAGAAAAGGGCGCUUCGCAAUGGGGGCGACAGCGAUUUGCGACCAUGAGGGUAUCUUUACGGCCUUUUAUACAGGAGUUUUAAGACAAGAAGACGUUGAUGUUGCUACAGCCCAUGUACUAGCCUGUGUCGUCCUUCACAAUGUCCUUACGAGACUUGAUAAAGAUGAUCAGGAACUCAUGGACCCUGAAUCAAACGCAACAUUGGAGCAAGGACAGGAACAACAAAAAUGGGUACGUGAAGUGCAAGAUGGAGUGACUGAGGGAUUCCAAGCACAGGAAUGUCUUGAAGAAGACAUUGACUUUAGUGAUUGGAAAGCAGUAGAACGCUACGAGGCAGCAAUGAAGGUACUUGGCGAUAUCAAGCGAGCAAAACUAAAAGCGACAAUGUUUAAUGAGACAUCACUAUAG